GAUAGGAUAAAGCGUGGCCGGCCGAGAGCAGACACUGUCCGUGACCUGAUCAAUGAAGGAGAGCACUCUUCCAGCAGGAUACGUUGCAAUAUCUGCAACAGGGUCUUUCCACGAGAGAAAUCGCUGCAGGCCCACAAACGAACUCAUACCGGUGAAAGGCCCUAUUUGUGUGACUACCCAGAUUGUGGGAAAGCCUUUGUUCAGAGUGGGCAACUCAAAACUCACCAGCGUCUCCACACAGGGGAGAAACCUUUCGUCUGCUCAGAGAACGGCUGUCUAAGCAGGUUCACGCAUGCAAACCGUCAUUGUCCCAAACAUCCAUAUGCCAGACUGAAGAGGGAAGAGCUCACAGACAAGCUGAGUAAGAAGCAGACGGCUGACAAUAAAGCUGUGGCUGAGUGGCUAGCAAAAUACUGGGAGACUAGAGAACAGCGUGCCCCUGCUUUGAAAACUGAAACAAUCCAGAAAACGGAUCAGGAACAGCAGGAUCCGAUGGAAUAUCUUCAGUCUGAUGAAGAGGAUGAUGAAGAGAAAAACAGUGGUCAUUCAGCUGCUCACCGCCGCCGCCUCCAGGAACAGCGUGAACGCAUGCAUGGCGCACUGGCUCUCAUCGAGCUUGCAAACCUAGCUGUGGCACCGCUUCGACAGUAGAUAUAGAAACAGUCUGCCUAUUCAAAAUGUACUUCCUGGUGGUACUUAACCAGUUAGAUCCUGAGCAUAAGCUAAGCACCUUAUUUGCUAUCAUAGGCUGCUAUUCUGUAGAAUUUAUGAAGAAUGUUGUUGCCCUGUAACAUGGGGUGAGAGAAUUGCACUUUUUGUAAGGUAAAAGAUAGAUGUAAAGUUUCUAAGUAUUUUGUAAAUAUGGGACUGCGUAGUGCAGGGUUGGCAAA